AUGCAUCAUCCACAGCACUCGCAACAAACAUCUCCUCAACAAACCCACUCUCAUUAUCCACAACCUAGGUAUCUACCUCCCAUCAUUUCAGGAGGACCUAACAAUGGCACUGCCAUACCUCCGGCCGGUAACGGGUUGAUGAGUUCGAACGCUCAGGUUUCCUACAACAGUGUCUCCCCGGUCAGUCAAUAUGCCCAAACUUCGAUAAAGAACGAACAACAAUCUUCCAAUCAAUCUUCACCGAAUACAUCGUCGGGUGUUGCUGCGCCAAUUGAGGCUUUCAAUUCGAACAAUAGGAAAUCAUCUGCUACCACCACCCCGAUAACAUCGCCAACGAAGAAUCCUCAAGACUUACACCUUGAAACCGGAGUGUCCGGCAAACCUCCGUACUCUUAUGCUACCUUGAUCACCUAUGCUAUAACAAAUAGUCCGAAUAAACAACUCACUUUAAACGAGAUCUACAACUGGGUCAUGGAAAAUUAUCCAUACUACAAAACCGCGGGUACCGGAUGGAAGAAUUCCAUCAGACACAACUUGUCCUUGAAUAAGACAUUUGUUCGAGUUCCACGUCCAAUAAACGAACCUGGUAAAGGAUCUUACUGGACAGUUGAUUAUCGUGCGGCGGAAGCAGAACAACAACAUCGUUCUAGAAGUCGCAACAACCGAUCCUCGAGUGAUCCAACACCCUAUCGUCCGGAAUCAUGGCCCUACGAUGGUAGAAGGUACCGGGAACAACCAAUGACUUCGGUACCCGAAAUAAACAGACCCUACUUUGAUGUAGGUGGUCCAUACAGUGGCGUGCCAAAUAUGCAAUCUCAAUAUCGAUCAAUCCGAUCGCCUCGUGGUAAUGGUUACGCGCAUUCAACCAUGGGACAAUCUUACCUCCCCGCACAAGGUCUUGGUGGUGGUGCCGGAAUCACUGGUACGCAACCAGUUUCUUACCCCGCUGCAGGCAUCGGGAACCUUGCCGCUGUCACCAAUUAUGAUAUUGAUUAUACGAACCUUCAUGGUCACGCUGCCGCUCAUGUGGACGGUCAUAACGCUGCUGCAUUCAACGGAUACGGCACGCACACGCUUUAUCAAUCACAAAUGACCACGCACCCAACAGACACGAGUGCAGCAACCUCUUUCGUCUAA